CUCCCCGUGACGUCACGGAGCCCAGUUUGCCGUCAGCGGGUUGGUGCGCUCCCGAGGCAGGGCUCGGGGUUGCGCUCCGCUGCGCUGCCGCUUGCGGGGGCGUCCGGGGAGUCUCGCAAAGUAGCCGGCGGUAGGGGAGGGAAGGUGACAGCCCCGGCAGCAUGAAGUUCCAGUACAAGGAAGACCACCCGUUCGAGUACAGGAAAAAAGAAGGGGAGAAAAUCAGGAAGAAAUAUCCCGACAGAGUCCCUGUAAUUGUGGAAAAAGCACCAAAAGCCAGAGUACCUGACCUAGACAAAAGGAAGUAUCUUGUGCCUUCUGAUCUCACAGUUGGCCAAUUCUACUUCUUAAUCCGAAAGCGGAUCCACCUGAGGCCAGAGGAUGCCCUGUUCUUCUUUGUCAAUAAUACCAUCCCUCCCACCAGUGCUACCAUGGGCCAGCUGUAUGAGGAUAACCACGAGGAGGACUAUUUUCUCUAUGUGGCCUACAGCGAUGAGAGCGUCUAUGGCAAACUCUACAGCGAGAACAGGGCACAAAUUCCUUGUGCUGAAAAAAGACUCCUGUAUUCAUGGGGUGCUAUCAUACAUAUUAAAGAGGAGAGUGCUCCUCAGAGGCUGAAACAACACCCAGAUGAGAAGAAUUCACAUGCCAAGAAUCCUGCCUGGUUUGCUUUACAUUCUGCUAGGAAGAAAUAGAGAAAACAACCGUAUUUAUCAAAAGGUAUUUGAAGCAUCUCUGCUGUUUUUCUCACAUGCUGUGUUAGUUUUUGUAACUCAUAGUGAAUACCUAUUAAAGAAAACUAAUGAACACAAAGGACUAACAUUUGCAAAGUGUUUAUUAAUUGCUUCUGAACUGAUUGCACUUUUAAAAUAAACUCCUCCUGCAUCCAUACAAUAAGCAUGGUCACAGAAGAGAUCUCUGGUUCACAGCGACUUGCAGCGUGCCAUGCUAAAACUACUGCUUAUUCUUUACCAUAAGGCACAAAAAAAUCCCAGAAGAUUGCUGUGAUGGCUGCUGAAAAUUUUUAAAUCCUUCCAAGGCAAUCAAGAUGAGUAUUUUGCAAAGCAGCAGGGCUACUACUACUGUAAGAUUUUUUUCUCCAGUAUGUCAUACCCCUCAGUAUUAUUAGUAGUAGCAUGAUUUUCUCCACCUCGUUGAUGGUGGGGUUGCCUUAGAAAGCCCUUUGUUCACAAAUAUGAUCUAGU